AUGGCAGACUUCCCGUCCAAGGUUUCCACAGAAACCAGCUCUCCCCAAUCCCAGAGCUCUCAACACGGGGGCAACAGCCUCCGGGGGCUGGCUGCCAACAUCACCACUACGAUGGACAUGUCCUUUAUCCAAAGCAUCCCAGCAAUCCUCAUGAUGGUUGAAAUAUUUCUGGGGCUGCUCCAUUGGGCGUUGAUAGCCAGUGCCCCCUACACGUUGUUUCCAGCGUACGGCUGGGUGAUGUUUGUAGCCGUCACUCUGUGGAUCCUCACGACCAUCCUCUUCUGCAUGAUCCUCUUCGGCACCCAGCAAAAACUCACCUUCAUCCCCUGGCCCCUGACGGUGAUGGUGUAUAACACCGGAGCCACGGUCCUCUAUCUGACCGCCUUCCUGGCCAACGCCGCGACUGUGCACCCCUACCGCUACUCCUAUUUCUUUGGACAUAUGGCAGCUGCCGCGGUCUUUGCUGCCAUGGUGACCCUGGUGUAUGGUGCCAGUGCUUUCUUCUCCUAUUUGGCCUGGAAGGGAGACGGAGGAAAUGCUGCAACCAACACAGUGCCGAUCUAAAACUCAAACAUGUAAAGCUGAACUGCGAAAAAGACUCUCUGUGGUUUCUUUCCCUUUAAGACACCUGGAUAGCCUACUGCUGAGUAUAACUGCUGACUCAACACAAAUCCUGACCUCUUCUCAACCCCAGUAUUAACAAUAAGAUGAAACCUAAGUUAGAAUACAUCCUCCGUGAUAUUACUUUCUGUCAAACUCACUAUACUUUUACCUUCACAUUAUGAAAAUAAAUUGUACAGCAGCACUGGAUUAUCCCCGUGAAAUGUUCUGUAUCACUACAACGCAACAUUUCUUUAAAGGGGCUCUGGUGGAGGCCUCAAAUUCAGGCAUUCAUGAAAUAAAACAUUUAAUAGUUCUAUUGUAAAUACACAAAUAAAGCAGAUAGUGCCUUACAUUCUUGGUAAUACCAUGGUGUAUUGACAAAAUAUAUUUGUAUUUAAAAUACACAUUAGAUACAUCAUUACGCACUUCAAGCAAAUGUUUGACAU